AUGAACGGCGAAGCCAAUUCCGAUAACAAAGACACUGAUCUCUACGAGAUCCUCGGGGUCUCCAAAGAUGCCUCACCCGCAGACAUCAAAAAGGCUUAUCGCAAGGCCGCCCUAGCGAGUCAUCCUGACAAAGUCCCCGAAGACCAGAAAGAGGAAGCCGAAGCCCGGUUCAAGACCGUGACACAGGCAUAUGAGAUCUUAUCCGAUGAUGAAAAGAGACAAAUGUACGACAGAUACGGGAUGGCCGCAUUUGACGGCCGAGGAGGCCCCGGCGGCAUGGGCGCUGACGUCAACAUGGAAGACAUUCUGAACAUGUUCGGUAUGGGCGGCGGCAUGCCUGGCAUGGGCGGCGGUCCCCGGAGGAUGCGACGAAGUCCCGACGAAAACCAGAAAUACGAAGUUACCUUAGAAGACCUGUACAAGGGAAAGACGGUCAAGUUCUCCAGCACCAAGAACGUCAUUUGUUCCAAGUGCAACGGCAGCGGCGGCGUGGAAAAGGCACAACCCAAAGAAUGUGCCACUUGCAAGGGUAAAGGUGUCAGACAGAUCCUGAGUCAAGUUGGACCCGGCAUGUUGACGCAGCGCAUGGUCGAAUGUGGCGCCUGCGAAGGUACCGGUCAGGUAUGGAAUCCCAAGGACAAAUGCAAAAAGUGCAAGGGCAAGCGGGUCACGGAGGAGCGCAAACAACUCGAGCUCUACAUCCCACGGGGCGCCCGAGAAGGCGAUCAGAUCAAACUUGAAGGCGAGGCCGAUCAGAUUCCUGGCGCGGAGCAGACCGGCGACAUCAUUUUCCAUCUUGUCGAGUUGCCGCAUGAAACCUUCCAGCGGGCGGGCAACGACCUGACGGCCAAGAUCCACAUCACCCUCGCUGAGGCCCUCACGGGCUUCCACCGCGUCGUGCUCAAACAUCUCGACGGGCGGGGCAUCGAGCUCAACCAUCCUCAGACGCCUGGCCAGAUUUUGCGUCCUGGCGAAGUUCUCAAAGUCCGCGGCGAAGGUAUGCCGCUGAAGAAGUCCGACGCCAAGGGCGAUUUGUACCUCGUCGUCGAAGUCGAGUUCCCUGAAGACGGCUACUUUUCGGAUCCGGCCGCUCUGGAGGCUUUGCGGAAAUUGCUGCCGCCGCCACCGCCACCAAUCGAAGCCGAAGAGGCCGACGAAGUCAGUUUCGAAGUUGCGGAUCCUGAAGAGAUUGGUGGUCAGGAAGGCCAUGAUGGCUGGGAAGAUGAUGACGGUCCUCACCAGGCCCAGUGCCAGACGCAAUAA